UUUAAGCAGGAGAGCAUUUUUCUGAGUGGCAGCAAAUCUCCAGUUCAUAAAAGUCAUUGAUCAAAACCACUUUUCUGCUCAGUGACAAGUUAAGAUGCGGCCCGCUUAGGAGUAAAUUAACUUUAAAAAAAGCGAGUAUGGACGCACCAUCUGGAACUUGAUGGAUUCACACAUAGGCUAACUUGUCUGGUCUAGUGUCAAGCUGUUUCUCGCCUAAGUCUUCCUUCUCUGCAGCUUACAGCCAUCAACCUGCAGCUCCAGUAGACUUUGCCUGCGUCUGCGUCGGACAGCUUCACCCAGGCUAUGAAAAGAUGACCACAAACUAAUCCGCGGGUUUGUUAUGCUGGAUAAUCUCCGCAAAUCUUCCCAUUUACUAGAAAGGGAGGGAGGGGUCCGUCCUAGCGGGGAGAGGUGGCCGCUUUGCGAGGCGGUGGAGGUGGGGAGGUGAGCAGCGCAGUCCGCGGCGGAUGCCAGGGGCAUGGAGAUGUUGCGCCGCUCCUCUGUGUUUGCGUCUGAAGUGUUUGACCGCUCACCCACCGACAAGGAGCUGGUGUCCCAGGCCAAAGCACUGUGCAGGGACUACAUUCACUCCAGGCUGAACCGUGCCGGGAUAGGCUGGUCUAAGCCUGAACACGGACUGGCUGCAUCAGGUGGGACACUGGGGGAGAUAUCGUCGGUUCUGCUGUGGCUGGGCGAUGAGUUGGAGUACCUUCGACCCAACGUUUACCGCAACGUAGCGCGACAGCUCAACAUCACAGUGGCGUCAGAGAACAUUGUGUCUGAUGCCUUCCUGGCUGUGGCUGCAGAUAUUUUCUCCACAGGUGUGACGUGGGGGAAGGUGGUUUCCUUGUACGCCGUAGCAGGAGCCUUGUCAGUGGACUGUGUUCGCCAUGGUCAUCCAGCUAUGGUUCAUACCAUUGUCGACUGCAUGGGGGAGUUUGUCCGUAAGAGCCUGACCUCGUGGUUAAAAAGGAGAGGGGGCUGGGUGGAUGUAACGAAAUGCGUGGUGAACACUGACCCCAGCUUCCGCUCUCACUGGCUGGUGUGUGCUGUCUGUUCCUUUGGACUCUAUCUGAAGGCAACCGCGUUAUACCUCCUCAGGGAGAAGUGAAAACAAAGUCACACACUGGAUUCUGUGCAGACAGACCAGCACUGUACACCACCAUCACCACUCCACUGAAGCAUCCACUGCUUUGGAUUAUGUUUACACUCAUUUGCACUGAACCUUCAAUGAUCAACACGUAAACCAUUACAGAAAACAGACUUUCUGUGCAUCUUCCGCUAACUCCUUUUAUUUAAUGGAUAUAUUAAGGUACACGUUUGAUGUGAAUAUAUAAAAUCACCCACUGUUAAUAUUUUUAGCUUUUCAUUUGUCCUCAAACAGCGGACCUGCUCAUUUUGCUCCCUGUUUGGCAGUGCUUUGGCUUCCCCUAGUGGUUGAAAAAGGUGACUACGGUAUAUUGACACUGAUGACCAAUUUUCAAUGUGGUAUUGUAUUUUAUUUUGGAGGUAAAACAACUUAACAUCC